AUGAAGUCUCUGGCCCAAAUUUACAUCUACUGGCCUAACGUUGAAGACGAUGUGAAGCAAUUCUCCAACGGUCAAGCGGAGCGAUUCAUUGAUUCACUCAAGCGUGGCCUCAAGAAGCUAGCCAAGGGGGAAGGAUCACCCACACUGGAGCACCUGCAGACAUUCCUUUCGGUGUAUCGUUCAAUCCCAAACCGAAACACACCGCAGUCGACGUCUCCAGCAGAAGCAUUCCUCGGAAGACCAGUGCGCACCACUUUGGACCUACUGAAGAAACCUGUUCCUGUAAAUGAAGCUGUCAAGAACCACAAACAAAACGAACAGUUCAAUUGGCGACAUGGAGCAUUCAAGCGCGAGUUUGAAGAAGAUGACCUGGUCUACAUUGAACAGCAUUGCAGAAACGCCAAGUCUUGGAUUCCUGGUCGAGUCAUCGAACGGAAAGGUUCCGUCAACUAUAUCGUUGCACUGGACAUGAACGGGUGA